AUGGCGGGCUCCAGACUCCCGCGGCAGCUCUUUCUCCAGGGCGUGGCCGCCGUCUUCAUGUUCGCCUUCGCUUCCCUCUACAUGCAGAUCCCGGGCCUCUAUGGUGCCGGGGGCAUCUUGCCGGCUCGGAGGACUCUCCGGCCCCAGGGCAAGGGACGCUGGCAGCAGCUAUGGGAGAUGCCGUCACUGCUGUGGGAGGCUCCCAGGCUGGGACUGGACACUGCGCAGGGCCUGGAGCUGCUGAGUCUGCUGGGCACCUUGCUAGCCCUGGGCGCGCUGCUGCUGCGUGUACUUCGCCAUCGCCUCACCUAUCUGCUGCUCUGGGCUGCCUACCUGUCGGCAUGCCAGGUGGGCCAGGUGUUCCUCUAUUUCCAGUGGGAUUCCCUGCUGCUGGAGACUGGCUUCCUGGCCAUGCUGGUAGCCCCACUGAGGCAGCCCCCCAUUGGAAAGCAGGGUGGACCCGCAGGAGCCAGGCCCCAUGAGGACCUCCCCUUCUGGCUAGUGCGCUGGCUGCUGUUCCGACUCAUGUUUGCCUCGGGUGUGGUUAAGCUGACUAGCCGCUGUCCUGCGUGGUGGGGCCUCACCGCGCUCACCUACCACUACGAGACGCAGUGCCUGCCCACGCCCGCAGCCUGGUUCGCCCACCACCUGCCCGCCUGGCUGCACAGGCUUAGUGUGGCGUCCACCUUCCUCAUAGAGAUCGCCAUGCCGCUUCUGUUCUUCGCCCCACUCCGCCGCCUGCGCCUGGCCGCCUUCUACUCCCAGGUGCUGCUGCAAAUCCUCAUCAUCAUCACAGGCAACUACAACUUCUUCAACCUGCUCACCCUGGUGCUCAGCACAGCCCUGCUCGAUGACGAGCAUCUGGGUGCUGAAUGGGGCCGAGCCCGCCGCAAGAAAAUAGCAGCCUCCUGGCCCAAGACCUUUCUGACCACACUGACCCUGCUGUUGGAGCUGACAGUUUAUGCGCUGCUGGCCUAUGGCACCAUCCAUUACUUCAGCCUAGAAGUGAACUGGGAGCAGCACACUGUCCACUCCAGAACCAACUUCACCUUCCAUCAGUUCUCCCAGUGGCUGAAGACAGUGAUGCUCCCCACCAUGUGGCUCGGCGGGGCCUCCCUCACCUGGGAACUGCUGGCUGCCUUCUGGAGGUGGACGCAGGUGCGUGGGUGGCUGUGGAAACUCUGGUCUCUGGUCCAGCUGUCCAUCUUUGGCACGGCCACAGUGGCCUUGUUCACCAUCAGCCUGGUACCCUACUCCUACAUGGAACCAGACACCCACGGGCGCCUCUGGACCGGAGCCCAUCGUCUGUUUGGCGCUGUGGAACACCUACAGCUGACCAAUUCCUAUGGCCUCUUCCGCCGGAUGACUGGUUUGGGUGGGAGGCCCGAGGUGGUGUUGGAGGGUAGCUAUGACGGACAUCAGUGGACGGAGAUUGAGUUCAUGUACAAGCCCGGAAACUUGAGCCGGCCACCGCCCAUUGUGACACCCCACCAGCCGCGCCUGGACUGGCAGAUGUGGUUCGCAGCACUGGGACCACACACGCAAAGCCCCUGGUUCACCGCCCUAGUGCUUCGACUGCUGCAGGGCCAAGAGCCAGUGAUCCGCCUGGUACAGAACAACCUCACCAGAUACCCCUUCCACAAGCAGCCGCCCACCUACAUUCGCGCCCAGCGCUACAACUACUGGUUCACGCAGCCUGAGGAGCAGAGCCAGUGGUGGCGCCGCCAAUGGGUGGAGCAGUUCUUCCCACCAGUGACCCUAGGGGACCCGACAUUGGAAACCCUGCUCAGACAGUUUGGGCUUCAGGACAAGAGCCCACCACGACCACGAAGCGCCAGCAGCCCCCUGACCCACGCCCUGCACUGGGUGCGGACCCAGCUGUCUCCCCUGGAGGCCCCCACCCUGCUCUGGGGUCUCCUUGUGGCCGCAGCAGCCAUUAGGGUGUUGCAGGCCUUGCUGGUCCCCAGCCCUCCACCACCCAACAGGGAGGAGAAACACAGGACAGCCUCCAAGAAGGAGCCCGGAGCUGCGGGCAAGCAGGCCACUCUAGCCCCCAACAGCUGCAGCAGCGGAGCACAGACACCCCGGCGGAAAAAAUAG